AUGGAUGCGCUGCGCGGGCCCGGAAUGGCAGAGGGCGGCGGCUGAUGGCAAAGCACAACAACUGCCUGAUUUGGAAUACACCCUGAUGGGGAUCGGCUGUGCCCCACAUACGGGCGUCUCGUGCCCUCGUGUUGUUCAAGUUCGAACGCUAGCGCUGUGAGCCACGGCCACCUUUGUUCUACUAGUACUCCGCCUCCGUGUUGCCACACUUGCCGACAUAUAUAAUGUGCCAAUAUUGUCUGGAUUCAUCGCCCUCCGACUCCUCGAGUCACCCGCAUUACGUGCCGGCGUACGAACGCGCUCAGACGACAGGUGCACUAGAAGCUCAGAUCGCUCACGAGCUUUCGCAAGACGUUUUCUGUGAGGUCGACGGCUUUCUGAAGACCAUGUUUCCUGUCUCCGACAACCUCGUCGAGACGGUCUUCACCCAGGCGUCACAGUCUACUGGAUACUACAAAUCUUCGCGCAAGCAAUGGUCGAAUUAUCCCACUGCGACACCGGCCAAUGAACAGGAUUUGUACGCGCCGUUCGUAACACUCGUGCAGUCCAUUUCCAGCUGCAUCUCCAAGUCUAAGGCUGGCCGCCGCAUGUCAACAAACGACGUACGAUGGAGGGAUUACCACAGUGUGCCGCCCCUCUCUCGGGACCCUGGCGCUCCGGACGUUAGACCCGACAUCGUCGCGACGAUUGGAGUAGCAGACAACGAGUCCGUCCCGUGGAGUCGCAUUCUGGUCCCGGUCGAAGUCAAGAAACGACAACGGGAAGGCUCGGCACUGCUUCAGCUGCUGAGGUACAUGCUCAUGGUCUUCCGUGAGGCGGUUGACCGUUGCUUCGUCUUCGGCAUCGUUGUUGCGUGCGCGGACAUGUCGGUGUACCUGGCGGACCGGACCGGUGUCCUAGGGUCUGUAGUUUUCAAUAUCCACAAGGAACCACGAUCGUUUAUCCGCGUCAUCGCUGGCAUAUGCACGUCGUCGCUCGCUGAUCUUGGGUGGGACACCUCGAUGACGGUCAUUCGCGAGAGGAAUAAAUACACGCAAAGCCAAUUCCGACUGUCGAAAAAGAACCCCAAAUUCUCCUACCAAGUACCCUGGAACGUGGAGAAGGAGGACUACUAUUGGGUGAUUUACAUGCCUAAGCCCAAAGAAGACGCUGAAUACGGUGUCAUGGACGAGAAGGAUACCGAAAAGUUUGUCCUGUACCAGGCGCUCAAUGUCCAGCGUGGCGAGGUGAUACGUGGGCGCGCAACGCGCAUAUGGAAAGCAUGGCUCUUCGACGAGUUGACAUUACCGCCGGAAGACCGCCAGUUAUUCAUCAUGAAGGAUACGUGGCGAGACGACGAGCGACGUCUAGAGGGCGAGUUCUACAAACAUAUCGGACGACACGACGGGGUUGCGACGAUGCGUUCCUACGGAGUCGUAUACGUUGAUGGCAAAACAGACACGGUCAUGACAAGAAUCCGCCGCGACCUGCGAGUCCGCGCCAAACCUCGUUGCAUCGAUAUGUCGCAAAGGGACAUUAUACCGGAGACGAUACCCUCAGCGACGCCUGACAGGACUCGAGGGAACACGACCGAUUAUGGCAUUUUCGCCGAUUACCUGCCUUACCUUGACAUACCCGAAUGUGAGCCUAGAGGGAAAACCCACUCAAGGCUCAUCAUGGAGUCGUACGGAUGGCCAAUCAAGUACGCGCUUUCACUCUUGGAGCUGGUGCAAGCCAUGCACGAUGCUCUUGCUGGUCAUUGGGCUGCGCACAAGAAGGGCGUUCAGCAUAAAGAUCUCAGCGAGGGUAAUAUCCUCAUCACGGCUCGCGGAAAGAAGGGUGUAGGUGAUCGAGGAAUGGUGAUCGACUUCGACUACGCGAAGUUCAUGUCAGAUGCCACACUUGCUGACGAUCCGAUAUCGGGGACACGCCCAUUCAUGUCGGGCGAGAUCCUGGAGGAAAAACACUACUACCGUGCUGCAACUGUCCAGAAACAAGGCAGCACAAGCAACACCACUAGUAGGCCCCUCCACACAUUUCAUCACGACCUGGAGAGCCUUUUCUGGAUCCUUCUCUGGAUUUGCAUCUGCAGGGCUGGCCCAGCAUUGCGGCGCUUCCGCUCAGUAGGGAAGGCUGACGACAGUGAUGCCUUAUCACAGCACAACCUGCUCUUCACAGCGCCGGGACAGAAGCAGCUCGGUCGAAACAAGCGUAAUCUCAUCAGGAACGAGGAAGAUUUCGACGACUGUCUCGAAGUUGUGGCUGAUUACUACCAGCCGCUCUUGCCCCUUCUUCGUUGCCUCUGGGGUAUUCUCCGCAAGGGAUAUCAGGUACGGCACUUCGACGACAGUGAGGCCUACGCUGCUUUCUUGGAGGCUUUCAAGGAUGCGGAAAAAAGCCUCGGCGACAAACCUGAGCAACUAAACGAGGACCAAGAGCGUGCCUUCCAAGCGGAGAAGCGCCGUCGCGAGGAGGACCUCAUGAACUGGAAGCGUUCACCAAGAAAACUGGCAAGGCGGGGCGUUGACAAGCCAGUUGCCGCCGACGAGCGAACUCGUCGCGCGAACGAAGCCGGGCCUGCAGCCGCUGACCCCCACUCCGAUGAACGCGAGGAGUCCCCGACGCCUCUGCCUCCCUCAAAUGCGAAGACAAGCCGCGCCGAACGGAAGCUCAUUCAAGACGCUAUGGCGCCCGGGCCGUCUACCACAGCGUCGCGAGCUCUCCCGCAGACUGGGGUGUCUAUGCAAUCGAUGAGCCGCGUGUCAGUAGCUCCCACCGUGUCUGCGGUGCAGUCUCCCCCGCCAUCCGAGACGAGCCAGACGAGUGCUCCCGUGCAGACGAAGUCCAAGAAACGCGGUCGUGAGGGGGCAGACGACGCUAGUGUUGCGGGUGAAGAGAGCGAGCAGGGUGGUGGUGGCGCGAAGAGAGCUAAGCGAGGUAGAGGCGGACGCGGACGAGGAAGUGGGAGUGGGAGUGGCCGUGGCCGUGGCCGUGGGGGUGGAAGUCGAUUGCAGCCGGACAGGAAGGGGAAGGGUAGGGCGGUUGACCCGAGCUAGGGGUGGUUCGACUGUCACUAUCGAGCAAUGCUGUAUGAAAUGCACCCUGUACGUUGUUGAGUAUUAGUAUCUUCGUUUCUAUCGCAUGAGCGGCAUGCGCAGACCAUGACUGAGUAGGGAGUCGCGCGCACC